AUGGCUACUCCUACCCGGCCGCAAGCCUCGCCCCGCAUCAGCACCCUGCGACGGAAGGGUAAUGAGCUCUUCGCCGUAGCCUCACACGCGUCGGCGAAUCCAUUUGAUCCGGACGAGUCCGAGUUCGAGUUCGUGGCGUCACUGUCGCCAACACGGAUACAGCACGGUGAUCCAUCCAAGUCCACUCGUGGUUCACCAGUUCGAGAAUUGCGUACUUCUCCGUUGAAGUCGCAGGCGACUGGCGGGGCCGUCAAGACUGAAGCGGAGUGUACCACAGAAGCCUCCAUAUCUGGUCUGAGAACGCCGAAUGGUAAGAGUUACAAGCUCCACAUGCCAAGUACACCGACAUCCUCUCCGCGACCUAGCACAUUAAAGCGGGUCGGCAACGAGCUCCUAGGGGAGAUACCGUACUCGUCGUCGAACCCUUUCGAGCCGGAUGACUUCGAGUUUGGCGAGCUGUCUCCGACACGAACGAUGCGUCGCGGGAACCUUAGUUCCCUUCGAAGUCCCCCAGUGGCAUCCGCUAGGACCUCUCCUUUGCGGUCGACGCUUCGAACAAGGAUGCCACGAUCAGCGUCGCUUCAGAAAGAUGACACGGUCGAGCCCUUUACACCCGUUGGUUCACCUCUCGAGGCCACCCAGCCUAGUACACCAACUCCAUCGCCGCGGAUUAGCACGUUGCGACGAGCUGGCGCGGAUUUUUUCGCCGAGGAAGGAUAUGCAUCUAAUCCUUGGGACCCGGAUUGUGAUGAGUUUAGCGACGGUAUUGAUGGAUUGUCAUCGAGCCCAACGAAGGCGAUUCGAGGCAAUCCAUUGAGGUCUCGUCGCGGGUCACCCAUUAAGUCUUCGCGCAAAUCUCCUUUGCGCCCUGUGUUCGACUCGCCGCCCAAGUCUGAACCGAACACGGCUUCGAUUUUAUCGCCAGGUAAAGGGGUAAACUGUCACGCCAAGAGCAUGUGGGAUGCAGAUGAUGAUGAGUUCGAUCGAUGGCCUGGCAAGGAGACAAUGAAUCGGGUCACGAAGCACUUCAUGGUUCAGCGCGACCAACUCAAGAACACGACGCACGUGACCCUCCCCCGGUCGACCACCUACAAGACCUCUGAGGAGAUUGACGAAAUACCCCCGAUCUGCGGUGCUAAUCUCACUCUGCAAGAACACGAUGACAUGAUGCACGAGCUUGCAGAUAUGAACUGCGGCAACCCAUACGGCUCCGAUGUCCACGAUGAGGUAAUGCGCCAAUUCUGGUCUCGCAGCCAUGCUUCGCUACCUACUUCGUUCCCUGCUCGGUACCCGCACUUACUGAACGUGAACGCAUACAAGGAGAGCAACGACUUAAUCAUCAAGAGUGCCUAUCCUCGGCUAUGCGAUGCGGUUGUAACGAUUUUGCAGCUCACGACUCCCAAGUGCCUCGUAGACUUCUUGGAUCCGAAUGUCAAGGUGUUCGAGUGGCGUCGUAAUGGCAAUUGUCUCAUGAUUCGCCGAGAAGGCAACGAGGUAAUCGUCGGGACAUACCACAAUUUCGGCACGCGAUACGUGUGGACGUACUUUGUCCGCUCGUCCAUAUCAUACACGGGCGAAUGGACAGAGGUCUACGCUGCUGCGACGCAGGGUAGCACGCCCGUCUCUGACACGGGCGUGCAAUUUGACAAGUUUGAGGCUGAACAGAACAGCCUUGGCAUCGACUCGACGGACGCAAAGUUCGCCCUGUACGUCGGGCGUGGACUGGCGUGGUUCCUGCUGAAGUGGGAGGUUUGGAACUACCGGUAUUGGCGCCAGUACAAGGUGGAGUGGGAGGUCGAUGGCGUUGUCACCAAUGCGCGGGAGUACGACCGCUACCAGUUGAUUGGCAGAGAGGAGGAUGAUUAG